GCAGGCGGUUUGGGCGCAUCGUUGCCUUCGUGGAUCCGGAUUCCGUUUUUUGGCAGGCGUUUUACAGCGCCUCGCCAAACUUCAGACCGUUAGGCGGGAGAGGAAAGUGUGCGUGUCUGAUAGGUAGGUAGCGAGUAAGUGAUAUUAUGAUGAUUAUCCUCAGCUCCCACCCACCCGACCCUGCUGGACAGGUGUGAACGCUUUUAGAACAGCGCCGUGGGCGACCUGCCUGUUCUGGAGAAUAAUAGUAGUGUAAUAAUAAUAAUAAUAAUAAUAGUGGUAACGUUGGCGCAAAAAACUCCGCCUUCCGCUGACUGAACGCUUCUGGCAACGGGAGACUGUUUCGGAGUGGAGCCAAGGAUUCCACCCCUCCGUUUUUUUUGGAAUCCGGAGUCGAACCAGAUGCACGCCUGACAGAAACGAGGUGGUCCGGUUGCCUGCCUGCUUUGCAUGUUUGCUGUCUUUGGGAAGAAGCCUCUCUCACUUUGGCAGGACAAAACCCAUUUGCUUUAGGAGGACUGAUAACGGUCUCUGCUGGUUUCCUGUCUCUGUUCAAAGAUCUGGGUUUUUGCAAUGGGUUGCGGACUGAACAAGUUGGAAAAACAUGAUGAAAAGCGGCCUGGUAACAUCUAUUCAACUUUGAAGAGGCCUCAAGUAGAAACCAAAAUAGAUAUUUUCUAUGAAUAUCACUUCCUGGAAUUUACAACUUUAAGUGAUGCUGAGCUACUGGGAUCAUCAGCAAUCAGGCUCUCUUCCUUGCGUGAUCUUCCUGCUCAGCUGCAAGAAUUGUACCAGCAGGGUUUCAUCUUGGCUGCUGUCCAUCCCUUUGUGCAGCCAACUAAUGAGAAUGAGAGGACUCCCCAGGAACAAAUCUUCAGGGCUGUACUGAUCAAGAAAACAGAAAGAUCCCUGAGAAAUGAUGCUGUCAGUGAAGGAAAUACCUUAGAGAUAGAAAGUUGCUUCUCCUCAGACCACCUUCUAGAUAAAUCAAAGAUGCCAGAUCUUAUAAAGAAAAUUCAAGAUGCAGCAAGUCGGGGCUUGAGGUUUGUUGGAAUAAUACCUCAAUAUGCUUCCGAAAUGAACUCCAAGAGCAGCAGUGCUGUAAUAUCCACCAGCAACAGCUCCAGGGAACUAAAAGGUGAUAAAAACCCAUCAGAUUCUGCUGAGGAUUGUGUUUCAUCAGAUCAUGAGAAAGCAGAUUGCACUAAUGGAUGCAAACUCCCAGCAGCAAGGGAGGAAAAUGUUGACCAGUGUGUGGACCCCAAUGAAGACUUGAGAGGUGAAGGGCAGGUCAUUGAACAUCUCAGUUUAAGCUCUGCUGGAGAAAAUGGAGGGCAACUUCAAGAAACGGAAAUCUUUGCUGUCUACAACAAGCCAAAGGCUUUGCAGAGAUCCAGCCAGUACUACAGUUUAACAAUCCCUGUGAGAAUCACCAGCGAUGGGCAGAGCAUUUGCAGCUUAGAAGCCAAUUGGCUGGAGCAUAUGACAGAUCACUUUCGGAAAGGGAGCACGUUGGUGAAUGCCAUCUUCAGUCUUGGAAUGAUAAAUGAUUCCUUCCAGGGGAUGACAGAUGGUGUGUUCAUCUUUGAAGAUAUUUCCGUGGAAGACAACAAGAGUAUACAAGGCUAUGAUGCUAUUGUUGUAGAACAAUGGACCGUUCUGGAAGGGGCUCGAGUGCAGGCAGAUUACGUUCCCCUGCUGAACUCUCUCGCCAUAUAUGGCUGGCAGCUGACUUGUGUGCUUCCCACUCCAGUUGUAAAGACAAACAGGGAUGGGAAUUUGGCUACUAAGCAGAUUGUCUUUCUUCAGAGACCCUUCCUGCCCCAGAAAACCAAGAAGAAACAGUCUAAGUUUCAUUGGAGGUUCUCCAAAGAAGAUAGACACCAGAAGCAAGCCAAGAAAUCUCUGAAGGCAAAACUAAGUGCCAAAGAGCGGCACCAGACAGGAGAAAUGCAAGAGUUAGAAGUUACAGAAAAUGCAAGAAAUUCAGAAACACAGUUCUGCACAACUGAAAGUGGCUUGCAGUUCCCAGUAAUCUCAGAUCAACAGCUGGCUGCUGUUGAAGACGGAGGAACCGAAACUCUUGGGUACGGAGACGUGCCCCUCUACAACAAUGAAGUGUUUGCAGAAAAGUGGAAUGCAGGUCAUAAUGCUGAACAAGAUGGAGGAGGCUUGUGUGUGGAGAAGACAGGCAUGCAUGAAAACUGUGAGGGCCAAAUAUUUCAAGAUCAUUGCACUGCAACUGACACUGAUUGGAGCUGUGGGGCAGUAGCAACAGAAACCAGUUUCGACUGAAAGAGGCAAUUAUUUGCCAAAGUAAGGAACUCACUUGAUUUCACAUUGCUGGUUUUCUACAGGUACACAGUGGAAAUGUUAGUCCUAUUGCAUUUUCAACUUGGCAAUGUAUGCAAACCUAUUCAGGCUUUUUCUGCACCCUGGAAAACCCAUGGAUAUUGGAAACUGUGUUGAGCUGCUUUUUCAACCAAACAGAAACUAUGUCCUGUGCUUUAUAUGUUCAAAUUUUUAAACAAAGUAUAAUUUGUGUGCACCAUAUUUUUAUUCAGUUUUGUGAAAUGGGAGUUCAGGAUAUAAGAAGCUUUAAAGAAUUGGCUAUAAAUUGUAUUUGUCUUAAACACAUUUAUUAGUAUGCCUUUGGAACUACUAAUCUCUUGCAAAAAAAAAUCUAAAGCAAUAAAGUGUUUUUGUCUGGGAAACCACUAGUGGCAGAGAGAGGAAGAGAACGCAAUGAUUUUCUAUAUGCUUAAGAAUCUCAUUCAUACUCAGUGUAUUGGAUUACCAUUUAAUCAAGAUUAUGUUGCUAAUCAACAUGUCACAUAAAACAGAUCAUAAAACAAAAUGCAUGUAAAAGACAACCUGGUUAACUUGUGUAUAUUCAUAAACCGGAGGAUCCCGGGCACUUAUCACCUACUUGUAUUGGAAGCAGGUGAGUCCUUACUGAGAAUUUUCCUCAAGGAAAUUAUCUGCUAGCAAACAUUAGGUGAGUAGAAGCCACUGUGGUCUUGAAAUGCACAAACUAAUACACCAUUUUCUCAAAUGCCUUCCCCAUCCCUAGUUGUCAGCUAUUUGGUCCACUUUUCACAGCAGACUGGCCUAAUAAAACAGUUCCAAAUUUACUUGCAGAUUGGAAGGCAACUCAGCCUGAUUAUGUGUUUCUCCAGAUUUUGUGAUGCAGUUUUAGUCUGCAAAAGGUGGACACAGAAACACACAUUUUAGAAAUUAAUGCAUUGCAUAGAGAAUGGCCUGUUUCACGUAGUAAAGUGCACAUGGUCUAAAUGCAGACUUCCCAUGUAUUGUUUCAAAAAAUCUGCAUAAAACCUAUUAUGGAGCCUCAAUGAGACUGAAACAGGUUGGAAUUUGCUGUUCAGCCCAUCCCUACUGAUAGUACAUGACGUAAAAUCACUUAUUUUUCUCAUUUUUUCAGGCAUAUUAAUCUUUACAAUAAAACUUGUGUUAUUGGAAUUUUUAAAUGCUCUCGAAUAUAUAUUAAUUCUCAAUCACCUUUAAUGUAUACAUUGUAGUUGCAUUACUGAGAACCCACCUGGGUUCACAUUUGGGCAAUGUUUAGAAUCUGUAAAGUGUUUUGAAAAUGCCUUCUGUCCUUUCGCAAAUUCAAACUCACAAGUCUAUAAACAAUACAGCUGCUUUUCUUUACCAGCUGAUUUAUGUUUGAUAGUUCCCAUUAGUUUCUUUGUAAAGUAUUUUGACUCAAUAAAACAUGGUCUCUAGGUACA